AUGAUAAACCGGAGGUCGGUUUUGAUGAUGAUGGUAAUGAUGCUCGUCUCGGCUAGGUCCUUCAAACGUCGGAUGAGCGCGGUUGGGAGGGAACGGAUGUGGCACGAUGCUUACGGCUGGGUCUUGGUAACUCCGGCCGUGGAGAUCGUGUGGGAUCAGUGUCCGGUUCCCAAAGUGGAUGUUGGUGUUGUGAUUCAUCUCCAAUGUCAAGAUGAGCCAAGGCCUUGGGCGCGGUAUCUCGGGCCUCUUGAUCCAUCAAAGUCUCCAUGGGCUCUACUUAGGCGCUCGUCGGACAUGUCUUGGUAG